AUGGAUAAGGAACAAAACGAAGUUGACGACUGGACCGAGUGGUUAAAUGAUGAUGACGAAAAAAGGGAAGUGUUCAACACGGAAUAUACAUCAAAAGACGAUGCAAUUAAAAAAGAAAUAUUACAAAACAACUUAGAUGAUAUUGCUGAUUUUUUAGAUAUAAGUGAUAAUAAUAGUAAUAUUAAAAUAAAAAACAGAACUAAUAAUGAAGAAAAUGAAACUCCAGUUAAAUCAAAAAUACAAGAAAAAAUAAUAACAUUAGAAAGCACACCAUUGAAUUCAAUAAAAGAUUGUGAAGCACUAGGUGAAAUAUUAGCAUCUAGGAUACAAAAAUGUAAAGCUAAAAGUGUAGCUAUAGAAAGAUUUCUAUCAAUUAUUCUUCAAGCAUGUGAUGGAAAAUUAGAGGAUAAAGAGUUACAAUGUGUAAAUAGGAAAAUACAAGAAAUUAUUGAACAAAGAGAAAAGAAAAAAAGAUAUGCACAAAUAAAUAAAAAAAAGCCAAAUGAAGUAAAAAAUUCCAUGAAAAAUUAUAAAGAUGAAGUAGAUAUGAUAUAUGGCGAUUUAUCAUAUGAUGAAGAUGAAUACGAGAAUGAAGGUGCUGACGAAUAUUUUGAAGAAUAUUAG